AAAAAUACCCAAACAAAGAUUUUGACUUUGCCCCUCCUCUUGACAAGGAGAAAGAAAAUUCAACUAUUGAUAAGGAGGCAAAGGUUCCAACUUCAAUUAUUUCUGGGUUGGAGUCCCCUGUUGUUGAUGGUGUUGAAGCUUCUAAGGCUCAGGCUCCUGGGUUGGUUUUGUCUGAGGCAAAAGUGAGAGUUUCUGAGGUUAUUUUGCCCCCGGCUGACCCUAUAGAGGUUGAUACUCUGGCUUCUGCUUCUUCUGAGAUCCCUUCUAACCUUCCUAUUGUUUCUUCUAAGUUGCCUGGAACCCCUUCUGAUAUUUCUGCCAAUUCUUUUGGGUUGCAUGAGGCUGAACCAUCUUUAUAG